AUGGAAUUUGUUGCCCCUAAGAUUAUUGAUGGAGAAAUGGAAAUCCAAAUUGAAGAGGAAGAUGUUGAAAAGGAAGUGAAAUUCUGGGAAUCUGCCCUUAUCAUGUAUGCCCUGGGUGUGGACCUCAGAAUGAAUGCGGUAAAACAAUUUUUGAGCAAGAACUGGAAUUUUGUGAAACUCCCUGAUAUGUUCUAUAAUGAGGAAGGUUUCUUCAUCCUCAGAUUCCAAUCCUUCCAAGACAAAGACCUAGUUUUAAUAAAAGGGUCGUAUUCAAUCCGUAAUAGACCUAUGAUGUUGCGUGAGUGGAAACCUGAUUUCAGUAUGAACAAGGAUAUGAUGAGAACAGUUCCGUUGUGGGUAAAACUACCCCAGCUACCCUUACAUCUUUGGGGCGCGUGGAGCCUCAGUAAAAUAGGCAGUGCAUUAGGAACACCUCUCGUUACAGACGAGUGCACGACAAAUAAGCUUAGGGUCUCAUACGCUCGUAUCCUGGUGGAAAUUGACAUCACACAAGAGCUUAAGACACACAUUCUGAUAAGAGACGAAAAAGGGGCGCGACUGCACCAGCCGAUUGAGUAUGAGUGGAAACCACUUUACUGCCAACAUUGCCAAAAGAUGGGUCAUAAUUGUGACAAGCCCAUUAUACCUGCUAAAGAGUGGAAGAUGAAAGUGAAGGAUCAAGCACAAAGGGAGAGGGUGCAAGCCACUGCUAAUAAAAGUGCAACAACAGCAACAGGGGACACUAGUAGAGCAACAACAACAAUAAGGAAUGCUUGUACUGGAACAACAACAACAACAACAAGGGCAAUUCAUAAGGAUAUCCAACAGAAUGAUGAGGUGUGGACUAUGAGUACUAGCAAUGGAAAAGGAAAGGCCAAAAUUUCUGCCAAGGAGGAUGACAACAUCCAAUGCCAAAAUGGUUUUGGGCUACUGGGGAUUUUGAAUGAUCCUGGAAGUGGCCAACAAACUGAUCAAUGCUAG